GUUUCCUAGAGAAUUCAUUGAGCCAUUUCCUUCACUUGAUCUGAAGGCUUCAUUAUUUCCACCAUGGAAGGACUGACCCAAAACGAGACCACCAUUUCUUACACAGAAUUCGUCCUCUUUGGGUUUCCCGGCGUAAUAAAAUACCGGAAAUUAUUGAUGAUUCCAUUCAUGUUUAUCUAUGUGGUGAUCUUAUCUGGAAACAUCCUCAUCAUUCAUCGGGUUUUCGUUGAACCGAGCCUCCACUCCCCCAUGUACUUCCUCGUGAACCUCCUCUUCGCUGUCAAUAUCUCCUCCACAACUGCCGUCCUGCCAAAGUUCCUCCUCGGUUUGUCCUUUAAUAGUAACCAGAUCACGUUGUCCGGUUGUCUCAGCCAAAUGUUCUACAUAUACUUCAUGGCCAUUUUUGAGUCCGGCGUUAUCCUCUCGAUGGCCCUGGACAGGUUCAUAGCUAUCUGUCGACCUUUACGAUACAACGAUAUCAUGACCACGGGUUUGCUGGUCCAGUUGGCUCUGAUUGGGGUGGUGCGGAGUGUCCUCCUCGUUUCUCCAAUGGUGGUACUGACUUCCAGCGUCCGUUUCUGUAGAUCCAACGUCAUUCUGAACUUUGUCUGUGAGAACAUGGGGCUUCUGAGCCUUGCCUGUGAAGAUAUCUCCCAACAGCAAGCUGUAGGCCUCAUGGUUCGGAUCCUGGUCACCGUUGUCGAUGUCAGUCUUCUUCUGCUGUCCUACUCCACCAUUGUCUACACAGCCAUGAAGAUCGCUGUUGGGAAAGCCCGUCACAAAGCCUUACACACCUGUGGAGCACAUCUCACAGUGGCCAUGAUUAUUUACCUGUCUGCGCUGAUAUCCUCCGUUGUGUACCGCAUGCAUACGUACGUUUCCUACGACAUUCAGAACCUGUUUAACGCGCUCUAUCUCAUGAUACCGGCUUCUCUCAAUCCCUUUAUUUAUGGGCUGGGGGUGAAAGAGAUCAGGAGGUGCCUCACCAGGUCCUGGAGGAACAAGACUACGAUUGUCUCAUCAUCAUCCAUGCACAUUCGGGUCAACAAGACAUUCGUUUUCCGAGUCUUGGCAAAAAAAAAAGAAGAGAACUGAAAUCUUAGUGGGCGGUUAGGGUUGUGGUGAGGGUUAUUGUUAUCAGCUUCUCUCAAUUCUUUUAUCUAUGGACUGGGGG